UAUUGAGGGAAAAGCGAUUUAUGUGCAAUUUGCACUUUCAGUGCAGAAAUGUCAUAUUAAAUACACUGUAGCACUGACAGUAGCAUAUAGACUCAAAAUUUUGUUUUGAAGUUUGGUUUACCUAUGUAUGUAGAUUUUUUAAAAUACUUUAGAAAAAAACUUAAAGACUUAUGAUCGCAGGAUCCAACGUCCUUAAAUGAAACAAUUCCAAAGCAGACUCAUACCUUAUAGAACAAAAUCUUAAAAUGUAUUUCACGUCUUUAUUUUUAGCUCUUGAUAAUUAUAAAUGUAUGUAUAAACUGCGCUUAAGCUUUUUGAAAUAUAUCCUUUUAUAUGUCUAAAGAUUAUUUGUCAUUUUGAAAAUAUGUAUGGGUUUGCUAUGACGGUCAGAUCUUUACAUCAACUCCUAUUGUGACGUGAGCAAAUCCGCGAGCUACGUUAAUUGUUUUCAUUAAAUAUGUCGUUUCAUUUAUCAACUUAAAAGUUUAGAAAAAGGCUUGCUUCAUUAAACAGUACAACCGCAAGAUUAGUUUAACAUAGAGAUGUUUAAAAGAGGUACAUAUCAAACUAUUUAGCCUUAAGUUCUCUCAGUUCUUUGAUUUAUCAUUGGUAGAGCUUUCGCAAUGCUUCCGGGUUUUAGUUACGUGACAUAAAACGGUUUAGCGUAUAAACGCUCACCGCUUGCAAAUCUUAAGAGGCAAACAAACUCAAGGAAACAUUUGUGAAAUUAAUUCAAGCUGCUUCAGAAUUAGAUUUUGAAAUCGAAUAAAAUGCCGUUGUUUUCGUGUAUAUAGAUAAUUAUGUAAAAUUGAUGUGCAUUUAAAUAAAGUAUGGCAUUUUACUGGUUUAUUAAAGCCAUUACAUGUAACAUGUUACAUUGUUGCUCAGGUGUUCAUAGAGAUCCAACUAACAACCAUCUAUUCACUUCAUUCCAGCCAAAAUGACGAUGAUUGGAUCGGGAUCGAAUUUCCAUCUUAAUCAGAUGACCUCGGACCUUGUCGGGGUGGUGACGGUGCUAUGUACUGUAUUUGUCACCCUUAAAAUCAUCCUGGAGUGGAGCCGCAGACCUCCUGGUCCAUGGGGACUUCCGGUCCUCGGGCACCUGCCAUUUCUCGGAUCAAAUCCAGUGGAAAAGUUCCGAGAGUACCAGAGGCAUUACGGAGAUGUGUUUUUUCUGCGAUUCGGUAUGUGGCCCACGGUUGUAAUAUGUGGUAAAGACACCGUGAAAACAACACUCACGCGUGACUCUGACAGCUUCGCUUCACGGCCACCAUUCUUCUCCAUCAAGAGUCUGAACGACAUGAAGGGUCUCGGAUUCAGUGGCUUUGACAAGAGAUACAUACAGCACCGGAAAAUAGCCAGUACUGUGGUCAGGGAGUUUAGUAGCUACGAUAAUGCUGGAAUGCUUGAGGUUUUUAAAGAAGAGGCUGAUAUUCUUGUUUCUAGCUUUCUGGAAGCUAAAGGCAAACCUUUUAAUCCAAAAUCGGAAAUUUACUUGGCAACUGGUAGUAGUAUCUACCAAUUUUGCUACGGAAAAGGCGAGAACAUACGAGAAGAUCCAGAUUUCUUAAAAGUGAUGAAUGAUCAAGCUAUAUUCCAGGAAUUCUUCACUGCUGGAAGUUAUUUUGAUGUUUUACCUUGGUUACAAUACUUUUUUCCAGGCCGAUUCAAAAGAUUUUUAGAAUUAGUUAAUCACUUCAAGAACGCUCGCAACGCUCAUGAAAUUGAGAUCAAGAAUACGUUUGAUCCAAUGUAUACCCGGCAUGCUAUGGAUGGUCUUCUGAAGGCUUGUUUGAAGUACAACAUCACAGAUUUACCUAACGAAGUAGGUCUGACGAAAAGCCAGAUUUUGGGCACACUGCAAGACUUUUUCGGCGCUGGGUUCGAAACUACCGCAACAACACUAAAUUGGGCUCUCAUGUAUCUCGCUGAAUAUCAAGAUGUGCAAUCGAAAAUCCAAGAAGAACUGGACGAAACCAUAGGGAGGAACAAGGUCAUAGCAAUAUCGGAUAGAAAUGUUUUACCAUACACGAUGGCAGCAAUAUCAGAAAUUAUGAGAUUAUCUCCAGUAGUUCCAAUGGGGAUUCCACAUAUGACAACAACUGACGUAUAUGUGAAAGGAAACCUGAUAGAGAAAGGAACUGUUGUUUUCUUUAACAUUGCUUCUGUCAUGCACGACGAAUACUGGGGCAAUCCGUUCGAAUUCCAGCCCGAAAGGUUUUUAGACGACAAAGGUUGUCUUAUCAAAGAAAAAGUGGAUAACGUUUUGGCAUUCAGCGCUGGGAGGCGUAGUUGUAUCGGGAAAAUGAUGGCCCAGUCCGAGAUAUUCUUCAUGUUGGCGCACCUUCUGCAGAAUUGCAGUAUUGACAAGCCUGAAAACACUCACUAUGACUUCAAUGGCAAUUACGGCUCAAGUUACUCUCCUAAAGAAUAUGAAAUAUGCGUUCAUCCAAGAUAAAUACAAAAUGGUAUUUUCAACCACCUUUCACCAUUAGAUACGGUUCCCAUUAAGUUUCAUUAACUUUUUUUACGUAUCGAAGUCAGUUAUUUACUGUGGUGCUUGUAUUUGGAAAAUACUACACAUAUUCUUUGUAUUUUUUAACCGGUGAAUAUUAAUAUAACCAUUUUUCAUAAUAUUUGUAAAACAAGUACCUGCACUUCAUUGAGUACAUAUUUUCAGAAUAAAAAAAACAUUCGUUAUUCAGUAACAUUUAAAUAAUAUGAGAUACGUUACAUCAUACAACAUAAU